UCUGUGAAGAAGAAAAAUGCAGGCACAGCCAUGGCAACGGGUCACUCACCCAUCACCGUCACCGCUUAACCGAGAUUCUGGUUACGUUUCUUCUUCUGGUUCCAUCUCCAUUUCAGUUCGAGGAAGCCAAGUUUCUUUGUUUGGUAAACCGGUGAAUUCUAGCACUUAUGCCUCUGUUCUCGAGUCCUGUAGAUGUCCGGACGCGGGGAAAGAAAUUCAUGCGCACAUUUUGAAAACUGGGUUUGGUAGGAAUGAGUUUUUGGAGACGAAGCUGCUUCAGUUGUAUGGUCGAUUUGGUUGUUUCGAAGAUGCCCAUUUACUGUUUGAGACAAUGCCUACAAGAAAUUUGUAUUCUUGGGUUGCUUUGCUUAGCUUGUACGUGGAUGAAGAGCUGUUUGAUGAAGCGGUUCGGCUGUUUCUGCACAUUCUUCAGGAAGAUCUUAUGCUGGAUUUUUUCGUGUUCCCUCUGGGGUUCAAGAUAUGCAGUGGUCUUAAGGAUUUGAAACUGGGGAAGCAAUUACAUGGGUUUGUGGUAAAGCAUGAGUUUGUUUCCAACGUCUAUGUGGGCAAUGCUUUGAUAGAUAUGUACGGUAAAUGCGGAAGCUUGGAGGAUGCGAAGAGGCAUUUUGGGAAGAUGCCUGAAAGGGACAGAGUAUCAUGGAACUCGGUGGUCAAUGCUUGUUCAGUGAAUGGCAUGAUCUAUGAGUCGCUUGAGUUCAUGGACCAAAUGUCUUGCUUGGAUGAAUCAAUGAGACCGAAUCUUGUUUCAUGGAGUGCUGUUGUAGGAGGUUUUGCACAAAGCGGUCAUGAUAGAGAAGCAAUCGACUUACUGUUUGAGAUGCAAGGCAAGGGGUUAGAGCCCAAUGCAAGAACUCUAGCCAGUGUUCUCCCUUCUUGUGCAAGAUUGCAGAAUCUAGACAUGGGCAAAAUGUUCCACGGUUUUAUAACCGGACACGGGUUUAUGUCCAGCCCUUUUGUGGUGAACGGUUUGAUUGAUAUGUAUAGGAGAUGUGGGGAAAUGGAGAGUGCCUUCAAGUUGUUUUCCAUAUUCGCCGUGAAGAAUUCAGUUUCCUGCAAUACCAUGAUAGUUGGAUUCUGCGAGAAUGGUGAUAUAUCCAGAGCCUGGAACCUCUUCAAUGAAAUGGAGCUAUUUGGAGUUGAGAAAGACACGAUUUCUUGGAACUCCAUGAUAGCUGGACUCAUAGAGAAUUUUCUCCUCGAAGAAGCUUUGAGUAUGUUCAAGGAUAUGUUAAUGGAGGAAAUGAUUGAACCAGAUUCUUUCACUCUAGGGAGUGUUCUCACGGCAUGUGUGGAUACUGCCUCUCUUAGACUUGGGAGGGAAAUUCAUAGCUAUGCCAUUUCAAGAGGUUUGGCAUCCAACACUUACGUCGGUGGAGCUUUGGUCGAAAUGUACUGCAAAAGUGGUGGCCUUGAUAGCGCACGCAAGGCUUUCGAUGAAGUAACAGAGAGGGAUAUAGCAAUAUGGAAUGCUCUGAUAUCAGGAUAUGCACGAUGCAAUCAGAUUGAAGAUGCAAGAGACCUUCUCUUGGAAUUGAAAGAAAGCGGGUUACAGCCUAAUGCGUAUACUUGGAAUGGACUCAUCGCAGGUCAUUUGGAGAACAAACACGAUGAAACAGCUAUGCGGUUGUUCCGGGAGAUGCAGAGUUGUAAUCUUAGGCCUGAUGUAUAUGCAGUUGGGAUGAUUCUUGUAGCAUGCUCAAAGUUGGCUAGCAUUAGGAGAGGGAAGCAGGUUCAUGCUUAUUCUAUUCGGCUUGGCUAUGAGUCAGAUAUUUACAUAGGAGCUGCACUGGUGGACAUGUACGCAAAAUGCGGAAGCUUAAACCAUACCCGUUUGGUCUAUAAGAUGAUACUAAACCCUAAUCUGGUCUUGCACAAUGCUCUGCUUACAGGGUAUGCAAUGCAUGGGCUUGGAGAGGAAGGAAUUGCUCACUUUCGGUUUAUGUUGGCCAACGGUGUUAGACCAGACCAUGUGACUUUCCUAUCUGUACUUUCUGCUUGUGUUCAUGCCGGGUCCAUCGAAGCAGGCCGGGAGUUCUUCUCUUUGAUGGGCUUAUACGAUGUUAAGCCAUCACUGAAACACUACACAUGUAUGGUUGAUCUUCUGAGCCGAGCAGGAGAGCUUGAUGAAGCUUAUGAGCUAAUGAAGAGUGUCCCUAUGGAAGCUGAUUCUGUGAUGUGGGGUGCUCUACUCGGUGGUUGUUUGGUUCAUAGAAAUGUUGAGUUAGGACAAAUGGCGGGUGAGAAGCUUAUAGAGCUAGAACCAGACAAUACAGGAAACCACAUUAUGUUGGCAAAUCUGUAUGCACACGCCGGAAGAUGGGAAGAACUAGCAGAGACGAGGCGGAGGAUGAAGGAGACAGGGCUGCAGAAAAGUCCAGGAUGCAGCUGGAUAGAAGACGGUGGUCAUGUCCAUGUUCUUCUUGCCCAUGACAGAUCUCAUGAAAGAGCAGAAGAGCUUUACUGUAUAUUGGACAGUCUAAAUCUUCAAAUGAAAUUGCAUUCGGAAAUCAUCUUGUAACAUGGUUGUACAUAAUACUAAUAACGAUAUUCUUACACAA